UGUCAAGCUGAUUGCCGUGUUGCAAAUUGAUAAAAUGUUAAUGAUGAUCGGAGCAGCCAUUUGUUUCCAGCAAUCAGUCGAUUUUCAAAGGUUACAGGUAAAAUCUAACAUGUGUACCGAAAGACCAUGUAUUGACGUCCGUUAGUGGUUUCAUUGAUCACAGGUUUUUUUAUAUUCAAGUAUAAUGAGACUAUAGUAUAAUUCGACAGUAAAGUCCAGUUCGGUUCACAAAGGAGAUAGCGGUACUCUGUAGUGGAUGUCCAAGUGUCAUGGCUAACUCUGAUGCAAGUACAUCGCUAGUCUUAUUUACAAGCUUGAAUGGAUACGAGGUAACCGCACCUCUGCUUGCAAUAAACAUCGUUAUCUUACUGAUUGGAAUUCUUACCCUGGUCUCGAACGCCUUUGUCCUGGAUACCUUGGUGAGAAGGACGAGUCUGGAGGCCACGGAUCUGGUGAUGUGUCAUCUUGCGGUCACCGACAUGCUCACAGGGGUCCUUGUCAUUCACACAGUUGGAUACAACUUGAUCAACUUUCAGAACUUCACAGAAUGCCUGGUUCGUCUUGGCGUCGUCUUCACCUUCGUGUGUUGUUCUGUCUAUCAUCUGGCCCUCCUGACACUUGACAGGUUCGUGAAGAUUGUCUUCCCUACCGUUACCAGGAUGUCAUCACCCGGAAGUCCGUGUCCAUCAUGUCGGCGGCCAUCUGGGUCUUCUCCGUCAACCUCGGCCUCAUCCCGGCCUACGGCUGGAGCGAUACACCAGCACCUUCAGAACCUGCAUGUUCCCUGCUAGGAGUCUUAACGGCGGGAUACAUACAGAUGGGACUGUCGCUUAUUGUCUUACCAUUUGUUGUGAUUUGUGUCCUGUACAUGAAGAUAUUUCUGGUCGUUAGGAGACAUUCCCGCGCUAUCGCGGCUACUGACGUCACAGGGAACAUGAACUCUGGGAGCAUGAAGUUCACCAAAACUGUGGUCAUCCUGAUUGGAACUUACAUCAUCUCGUUUUCACCUCUAGCUAUGAUAGCCUUGGUGUACACGUCUGGAGGAUUUCACGAAAUGUCUGCAUACGCAGUUGGUGACUACAUCAUUUACGCCAGCGUCCUGACGUUCGCGAACUCCCUCGUCAACCCCAUCAUCUACGCUUUCAAGUUGCCGCCAGUCCGGAGGAGACUACUCCGUUUCCUUGGCAAGGGCGACAACUCUUCAAAUUCAACCACUAGUGGAACCAUACAGACAAUUGCCAUCGAUAUGGAUUAAAAUGAAUCGAUGUUUAUUUCUAACUGAAAGGAGUGUGUGUAAGAGGAAAUGAACAUUGCCAUAGGUUUUGGACUAAUAUUUUCUUUAAAAAGAUUUGGAAUCUGAUGUUUGAAGUAUAUUAUCCUCUCAAGUUAUGUUUGAUUUAAGUUAAUUGACAACGUAUGAUGCAAAUGUAUACUUGAGUAGGACAUUACCUUGGAUGGAAGAUUAGUUAUUGUCUGAUAUGAAGAGCACCAACAAUUAAGCGCGUCUUUAACAAUUUCGUUGGGAAAAGAGACAAAACGUAAAGCUGAAAUAUCAGCAAGGGACUGGUAAUGUAUUAAGGACGUUGUGGGUCGGAGGUUGUUGAUGCACUGAAAAUACCCCUUCCUUAAUGCUUGUCACAUUGUAGUUUGACCUUCCCUUGAUUCCCUCUGACAGCACUACCGCCGACAUCCUGGAACGAACAACCUAAAUACUUUUAAACUGACAAGCAUCAGGGCAAGAUUACUUUUAAACAAAUUAUUCAUCAGUCCUGUAUGAGGUAUUUAACUAAAUUUAUUCCCGCGCAACUCUGUUCAAAACGUAGAAAUGAUUCACCCCAAAAUUCCCUCUUUCGUGGGGUAUUGCCAUUAUCAAUCCUAUGCCAAAGCCUGGUUGGGAUCAGACUGAUCUAUCGGGGUGUUCCAACUUACCCAACUCCUAUUGUCUCAGUAGAAGAAAUCACUGGGGUGUGAUAAUCCCCUUUAUUCCCUUAUUUGUUUCCCUGUGAAAUAGUAUCCGGGGCCAAAUGGGAUAAAAUGCUACUGCGUUUGAUUCAA